AUUGUCAUUAUUAUCUGUAAUAAUGAAAUUACAAAUAGUAUUGUUAAUUGUUGUGUUUGUAGCAGCAUACGCCGCUCCACAGAAUAAAUACACCUCCAAAUAUGACAACAUCGAUCUGGAUUCAAUUUUUAAAAGUGACAGGCUUCUAUCAAACUACAUAAACUGUUUAAUGGACAGAGGAAGAUGCACACCAGAUGCUAUGGAACUUAAAAUUGUCCUUCCUGAUGCACUACAAAACGAUUGUGCCAAAUGCAGCGAAGAACAACAGAAAUCUGGCAAAAAGGUGGUUAAUUUUAUGAUUAAAAACAAACCCAAUGAGUGGAAGGAACUUGAACAAAAGUAUGAUCCUGAAGGAAUUUACAAAAAAAAAUACGAUGAAGAAAUAAAACAGUAAUUUAAUAUUUUUAUACGAUAAAUGUAUAUUCUUAAUUAUAGUAAAUAGGUUUGCUCAUU